GGUCAGUGGGUUUAAGGGUCAAACUUACAGCCCUACUAGUCCCCUUAUCUGCGGUCAACCUCAAAAUCGUGGAUUGCGGAGAAGUGGGCGUGAGAUUCAUUGUUUUUGUUUUUAUUUUUUGUUCAUCCACUUGGAUUUCGUUGGAGAAAUCUUGUUAAGUCAGCUUUUUCGUUUGUCAUGUCAAACUGUACGAUAACACCGUUAAAGAAUAUGACGGAAUUGGUCAUUUUGUGUAUUAUUCAAAAGUGACUAUUAUUUACAAAAGGGCAAAAGUUGUGAUUAUGCCCAUGUAUUUUGCCAAACAAAAACAAUAAUAUGCAAACAGUGGUAACAAGAAACCUGAAAAACAAGAACUUCCUUGGCUGGGAGGAGUGGGUGCUUCAGCAGGCUAGUCUGGUCUGGUUAGCCAUCCAGGGUGACCGACCCAGUCCAGAACAGAACAGGCAUCUGAUCAGUGGUGCGGUGUGGUCCUUCUCUUUCCAUUUAAGGUUGCUGUUUUUCUCUCAAUAAACGUCCAUAUUUGUUAUUUCAAGGAGGAUUUUUGCCCAAAACAGAAAGAUGUGCUUUCUCUCUGUCUCUCUCCCCUUGUCUCUUCUUUUGAUUCGAAAUCAGUAACAAUGAAUGGAAAUACACCAGUUCUGCUCUGGACAACUAAUAAAGACCAUAGAGGAAAAGCAACCUAACAACCACAGUUAAGUUUGAUGAAACAAAAAGAGAGCUUGAGAGUUUGACAGGGAGAUAAAGAGCUAAACAGGGGAUUUCAUCAGACAGCAGCGGCUGGUAAUCUUCAGUUCUUUACCUCUGAACUGCCUGUGUGAUUUGUUUGGUGUUUUUCCUUUCUUCCGCUAGAAAUAAACACAGAAAGAUGUUUUCUUUCUUGUUCAAGAAUCUGUUGUUCUCAACAAUUAUAAUCAAAUGCCCAAAUGGUAUAUCAAAGAUGUUGGAUUUGUCUAGCAUUUACACUUGUUGAAACCCAUAAACCAAGGAAACUCAUAGUUCAGCUAUUGGCAGAGCUGAGAGGAUGAGCUCAUUGGGAGAGAGAAGCGGCAAGGCUUGUAGUGAAUGCAGCCGCAGAUGCUCCUUGUUGCACGGGAAAGGGAAAAAAACAGACCCUUGCUUGCCAUCUUUCUUCAAGAUCAUGUUUGGAGAACGAUUCUCUGAAUUGUUGUUCUUUCCUCCCAAAUUUGUGCCGAUGGUAGCAGGGUUUGUGAGCCAAGGAACAUAUCUCAAGGACGCAAAUGGAGGGCGGUGGAGAGUGGAGUUGGCAAAAGUAGAUGGUUCGCUGGCGUUGGGAAAAGGGUGGGGUGAUUUCGUCAAACAUCAUGAUUUGGUACUCGGAGACUUCGUUGUGUUCGACCUCGUGGAAUCACACUUUGAAGUCAGGAUGUAUGGUAGAACAGCUUGUGAGAAGUUGAAUGCAGCUCAAAUUUCGGACAAGAAACAAGUUGCUCAUAACAACUAUGGUGGUGGGUUUGGACCACAUGGCUUCAACCAUGGUGGUGACAAGGGUUCAGACACUGGAAAAUUCCGAGGCCAGCAGUCCAAGGUCGUCAAUGAAAAGGGCUAUCAAGAGUCGAAAGGUAAGAAGAGCUCCAGAAUCCCAGCUGCGCAAGGUAUUAGUGGUACUGAAACUGGUAACAAACGGCCGAGGAAUGGAGGGAGUGCGAGAACCCCGACGGCGAUAGACUUGGAAACGGAUGAAAAUGAUGAGCCAGAGGCGGCAUCUAAUGAAAGAGCAGGUUACCGUGAGAAAGCCAAAAUGGAGCGUGGAGAGUCGGGGCACGUUCAAAUUAGCAGGAACGAGAAGAACAAAAGAGCUAGUGAUGUUGAACUGCAGCAACCCAAGUUCAAAUGGCCAAAGAAAGAGAAGUCGAAUGAUAUUACAAGGAACAGGAAUAAUGGGCUCUCUGCUAGCUACAGUAACCCCCACCAAUUUGUCAAUGGUGAAUGCUCAAGGGAUGCGGAAAUGGGUAAAGUGCAGACAAGGAGCGGUAAAGGGUUCCACAAAGUUGAAGCCACGGCUGAAAAGCUUCUUGAUUCAGCUGCUGGUAAGUUUCAGAGAUCGCAGGUGUUUGAGAGGAAGCUGCAGAGGAAGGAUGGAGGUGAUCAGUUAGAACUGACAGUGAAGCAUAAAACGGGUGGCUGUGGGAAAAACAAGGUUGCAACAACAGGGAAGCUGGAUAGUGGUGAUAUAGUUGAAAGGAGUAAGAAGUUGGUUGCUGGUUUUGCUAAGGAGAACUUGUCCAAGGGGUUCUCCAUUCCAUCAAAGGUGCUAGAGUUGGGGCUCAAGGCUGCGAGAACUGGGAAGCGACUGUCAGGACAUGAGGUUGAUUCUAUGCAAAUGAAGGUUGAUUCGACUUGCAGUCGGAUGAGGAAAACUGAAAUGGUACCCAUGGCGGUACUAAAACCUGAACCAAUAUGUUUCGGCAGCAAUCCUCCUACACCGAUUUCAGCCCAGAUCUCAUAUAUUAUUCCGAACGAGACCCGGACUCACUUGGAUUUGUCAGCACCACUGCCACUGCUAGGUGAAAGGUUAAGCUCGCAAAGGACGGUGGUGAUGCUGAAGGAUCCGAAAACUAGACUCUGGCCUGUACUCUACCUCCGAACAUCGAACACAGAAGUUGCACUCCAGUACGGAUGGGAAGCUUUCGCCGUCGACCAUGAUAUUCGGGUUGGGGAUGAAUGCAUUUUCAGUGUUGAUAACUGCAGCGAGGGAGUCUAUGCCGUUCACAUCAUUCGCCACCAUGUGGGUGAAUUGGCAGGGUAGUUUGCCAGAAUAUCACUUCCAUGGUGUCGACUUAUCUUAGGACAUGUAUAUUAGGACCGUAGUGUGUGUUGAGAUUGAGAGAUUUGAAUAGAAGAAAUUGAUAGCA